AUGGAGAACUCCAAGCACCUUCUUCCCCGUGCAAUGGACAUCGCUCAGAUGAUGGUCCGCUGCAUCGUCCUGCUCAACAUCGUCCACGCCUACAGCACUUUCUCCAACGUCGAAGAGUUCUUCACCCUGUACAAGGACUGGCUCAAGAUCUUCGCCACUGCCUCCCAAUUCCUCAUCGACCAGGCUGGACUGACCGUUUUGAACGAAUGCAUUGAUUUGAUCUGGACUAACGUUGACUCUCUGCAUGCCUACCUCACUGACCUCACCCACAACCCUGGUUCCAGCGCCCGCAACGCCCGAGUGAUUAUUGCUCGGAUGGACAGUGGCAUUCUUCUUAGCAUGAGGCGCCUCGCUGAUCUGACUGGUCCGGACGGAGACAUCUGGAAGCUUUAUUGGAGGCGUUCCUACAAUCAAGGAUCGAAUGUGCUCUUCGCGGGCGAUGGUUACCAGCACUCUCCGCUUGACGCCAUGGCUCGCUUCCAAGGUGCUAUGCCUGCGCUUGCAUUCAAAGUUAACCUGGCUCGUGACGCUGCUGAAGCAGCUGAUGACAAGCCGGGCAAUGACUCUACGAAUAGCGACACUAUUCUCAUUGACUCGGACAUUGAUGAAGACACUCCUAACACUUCGGUGGAGAUUACUGAUCACACCAUGUCCGACGACAAAGAUGAGAACACUCCUGUCACCAUCAAGGCUGAGUUCGAAGAGGACACUCCUAACACUUCGGUGGAAAUCACUGAUGACCCCAUGUCCGACGAUAACGAUGAGAGCACUCCUGUCACAAUUAAGGUUGAGUUCGACGAGGACACUCCUAACACUCCGGUGGAAAUCACUGAUGACCCCAUGUCCGACGACAAAAAUGAGAACACUCCUGUCAGAAUCAAGUCGGAGUUUGAACGCGACGAACCUGCCCCUUCUCCCUCGUCGACCUCCUCGCAUACUGCAGAGGAAGCCGACGAUGAGUUGUCCGACUACGCCUCGGACUACAACCCACCCGCACCCGCCCGCACAAGUGCCCUAGAUGAGUUCAUUCGAGGUCUUGGUCCGAGAAUCCCCACCACUCGCUGGGUGGCCGCGGAACACAACAACCAGCAAGUCGCCGAUCCAGGUUUCGAUGCAAUGUCGGACCGAAGCAAAGACUCGGAUGGUGACUCAUGGAUCGCCCACAUGGAAACUGUUCAUAUCCGCGAAGGCAACAGACUGAUCUACGGCGAUAUGGCGGAUUCGUCUUCUGUAGCACGGAACAACCAUCCUGCUACCCAGACUGGCGUUGAUGGAACCUCCGCCCACAUCAACGAAGCAAACCAUGACUUCGUGAUCUAUUCCAACGCGUCCGAUGAUGGAGUGAACUUUGAUCCUCCCCUCUCCUCCCCUCAACCUUCCCCUCAACCGCACGGACAGAAGCGUGAACUCCAACACUUCCUGGAUCAGUUUAAUACUGUGGACGAUCGCAACGUGGCCGCCAAGCACCGAGCCAACACUUCUCCGCAUGGAACCCCAGACCCAGACUCCACUGCCGCAGCUGUCGGCUCGGCCCGCCUGCGUCGCUCUUCUUGGCCUCAGCCUCGCCGCACUCCAUACCAGGCUGCCCUUUUCCGACGGGCCUUUUCCCGCCGUCGCUCGGUGUCUCCUACAUCGGACCAGCCUCUCGCCACUAUUGAUCUUCCUACUCUUGAUCUUACGGCGGCGCCUCAAGUCAGCACCCCCUCGCCCACCUUACAGACGUUUGACUUUAGUGCCACUUCUUCCUCGGUAACCGUUGGCCGCUCCACGUUGCCUGAACUGCAUUUGGGAGAUUGGCUGAAAGAGUCCGCUUAUGAGCCAUCUACAGCCCCUGGUUCGCCCACAUCGCAGUUAGCUGGACAAAUCGACCGAUCUGAUGAGUCUGUGUCAAGCUCUCACUUUGGUCCGAUCUCGGCGACUCCAGAGCGCAAUGGCAGCGGCUCAGGAGAUGUCGCAUCUGACAGCUUCGGUCAGGUUUUGACAUCGCUUGGUCUUGAUGGUUCUCCUCCGCGUGACUCUUCCUCUUCUCCCCUUCCAAAUUUGAACCGGCCUCUCUGGCGCGGGUGCGAUCCUGUCUUUCUCAGGUUCGAGAGUCCAGAGCAUCGCUCUCCUUCUCCACCUCCAAACGUGAGCCGGCCUCUCUCGCGCGGGUACGAUCCUGUCUUUCCCACUUUCGGGACCCCAGAGCCCAAUUCCAAUGGAGGAGGCAUCACUCUACGCGAUGUGGACCUCGCACUCUUUCACCGAUCCGGUGCGCCGGAACCUGAAUCCUCGCGGGCAGUUGAAGGAAAUGUUGUCUCCGACGUUGACCGCAUUCUCGGCGAAGUUGCGGAUAACUUACAAGCGAUAAAGGAUCGCAAUGAUGAGUCUGAAUCCACGCAGACAAUUGAAGCAUAUGUAUCCGACAUUCAGCGUAUUCUCAAUGAACUUGCGGAUAAUUUGCAAGCGCUGAAGGAUCGUGACCAGGAGGAUGGAUAUGUUGUCCACGAUGCUGAGAGUUUUCUCGAUGCAGUUGAGGUUACCCAACGAGUAAUCAAAAAUCGCGAUGCGGUUGAAUUUGCCUCCUCUGAGUCAAAUGUUGGACCUCUCUCCGGAGAUGAAGAGCACGCUGGCCACAAGAGCGCUCUAUGCACCGAGCUUUGGGUCGCCGUACAAACGGCUUACACAAACGGGCCAAACAACCAGGACCCCGUUCUUCAUCAACGUAUCGAAGAACUCUCGCGAGCCAUUGAGCAGCAAGAGAAUGGCCGAGCCACCAGACCGGAUACGACUUCUGCGGACGAUACAAACCCUAGAGUGACCUCAUCUCGUUCUUCUUCUUCUACAUCAUCCUCGGACAACGAUUCCGACAAGGAGAAUAAUGCGCCUGUCGCAGCGCCUUUUUCGCCCUUGUUUGUCCCUGAUGGUGACGAGACCAUCUCUCUGCCUUCUACUUCGUCAGCAGCUGCGGACUCAAACAAUGAGAACAACGCGCCUGUCGCGGUAUCUUCAUCACUCUCGCCAGCAUUGGAUAGCGCUCAACCGAACAUCUCACCGGCCGCAAAGCCUUGUCUCCGUCCCACCCGCCCCGUUAAACGUCCGCUCCAGGAUAUCUGGGACGACGAGUCCGACGCGGACUCAGACUCGGAUAGCAACCAGGGCCGAAACGUGACACCCAACCUCUCCCGCAACCGUUCCCCGCGCGGCUCCAUCAAUGCCGGACAUGCGGGUUUAGCGCGUCCUCUUUCAGAAAUACGCCGUGAUUCGUCUUCCUCUCCCAAGCGCACACUUGGAGACGCUUUUGGCUCUGAGGAGCUGGAAGGACAAGGACGAAACGUUUCCCCAAAGAACUUUGAGGACCGUUCACCCCGCGGCACUGAUAAUUCGGGACACGUUUUGUUCAGCCCAGGUGCUCGUCCCGCUGGCGAAUCCGAUUUCCCGCUGCCUGAGCACACCGAGGAAUUCCGCGCUUCGCCUAUCCGACGAACUUUCCGUGCCGAAGCAGUGGAAAUCCAGAAUGAAUACACAGCGGCCGUUCGAAACCGCGAGUUUCCAGAUGAUGCGCUUGAGCGUGCAUUUGUACUGGGGUAUUAUCAGAUGAGGCAAGGAUGCCCUCCUCCCGGUAACGUCUUCAGGUUUCAGGAGCUCCAGGACGAGUUUGACAAGGGCCUUCGUGAUACUUACAACGCUUCCCCGUCGAUGCCGGAUUAUGAAGUUGAUCCUUGGUAUGAGAAUGUCGGACCGGAGAUUGGAGCCCAGAUUGGAGCUGAGGGACGGUCCGGUUUGACUUCCGACGACGCAAUCACCGUCUCAUCCGACGGCGAGUCCUCGGGCAGCGCUCCCUCCGAGAACGGUUCUGCCACUGGGGCUGAUCAUGGAUCUGAAGAUGGGUCUAGGUUCGUCAUCUAUGAGGAUGCGAGCCGAUCUAGUACCCCGGCAAAUGAUGCCGGGCCUACUUCCCCUACUUAUUCUCCUCCUCGCGCCCCUCUAAAUCUCUGGCCGGCCUCUCCACCCCUGGCGGCAGAAGAUACGCAGGAGCCCAGCUACGAGGACUCCGAGCACACCGCUCCAUCUGGGACCGUCGGUGCCCAUCGACAGACAGAGAGUCCCUCCCAUCCCCUCGCCUCGAACCCACAACCCCCCGCUCACGGACUCCCUGACAUCUUCAGCGGCUUUUUGGACACUAGCAUCUUCAGCGGCUUUGUGGUUCAAGUCCAAGACUCCGAUUUCGCCUUUGGCUCUUUUGGCCCUGAAGCCCCCGCCGACCCGCGUCUCUACUAG